UCCUAUUUAUAAUGGAACAUUUUUAUGUAGAAUUUGCUCCAUAGACACCAACCAGAUUUUGUCGACAAGUUAUUGCAGUGAUGAAAUUUAUUUUCUCUUGAGGACAAAACAAUAAGUUGCAGGUUCAGCGGAUUUCGCAAUGAAAUGGCUACAACCCCAAACUGAUAUUGGAUAUUGUAUGGAUAUUUGUUUGAUUUUAUAAUACCAAAACAAAUGUCUUUGAGAGAGAAAUUUGGAGACCUGAAAUCAAAGAUGCCACUAAGAUUUAACCAGAAAGAAGUGACAUCUGUAGCUACAAGAUGCAAAGGAGAAUUUGACAAGCAAGGUGUUUUAGCCUUAAGAGAAGAUGAUGGGAAGCGCUUUCACAAAUCAGAAAGGUUUGUUGAGAGGCUGUUUAGAUUGAAAGGCAAUCUUUUAUUUUACUCAUCAAAGGAUUCGUUUUUAGAAGUUUCCGGUGUCAUCGUUUUGGAUCAGUGUAAAUUGUGUUUGACAACAGCCAGCAAAAAGUUUACAUUUGUAAUAGAUUCCGAUCUUAGUGAGGAUAGAUAUGAACUUGCAGCAGACUCUGAAAAGGAUCUAGAUGACUGGGUCAAGAAAAUUGAUAAUGCAAGAUAUGAAGUUACCUCUCGACGACUAUUGCAACUCAGAAUUGAUAUUGUGAAACUAAGCGGAGAGGACCCGUUGCCAGACUACCCAUCAUUAGAUUUUCAGAAUCCUGGAUAUGAAGCCCCCAGUUUGCCACACAUCCUUAGCUUAUACCAGCCACCAUCUUUGCAAGACAAAUCGAAGACAUCUUUGCCAAAAACCGAGGUUUGCAUUGCUUGUACAAACCUAUCACUAUUACAAGACUCCCUCAAGCCUGUUCUUGUCGUAAAGGUCCUGACAAAGAUUUCACCUGGACAUACGUGGUCUAACUACUCCGAAACAGAGUUUUGUGAGGAAUUUCGUGAGCCAUUCUUUUUGAAGACCAUGGUAUUUGACCAAACGUUUCCAUCCUCCACCAGGCUUAAAUUUGUGCUUUACGAUGUUCGAAAUCGAUUGAAAGGUGUGGUCGUUGGACUUGGACAAGCCAUCUGCUCUUUGCAAGACAUCCAUCAAGCUCCUGGAUGGCGUCUGACGCUGUCUUUAAUAAAGCUAGAAUCAAAAGAAGAUAUCGGUUGCAUCGUCUUACAAGGCUGGAAGAGAAAUCUUGGAAAAUCGUUCGAUAGAAGGCAAAACUCAAUCGAUUUCAUUAAAGGAUAUGGUCAACGAGAUUCGUCUGCUUUAAUUGAGUACCCGAGAACAUACAUUGGUAAUGUUUGCGAGCAAAGUUUCCAUUAUCCUACCAAAGAUGAUGAUGACGUAAAAUUCCAAGAGCUGAUGGGAGAAUCAACUAUCCCGUUCAACAUUACUUGUCAAUUGUUGAAAAUCUACAUAAAUGAAGAAAAGGAGGCAGUCCUUGAACUGCACAAACUUGGAAAGCUCGACCGAAAUUGGGAGCAAGUAAAGAACCAACAACAGAACGAUCAUUUUGAUUUGGUAUCAAAAUUUAGCGAAAGUUUAGCUGAUCUAGCCUCUUACAAAGAAAGAAAUUUUAAGAAAAGCUCAGAGAAAGGCGAUAAAGAAUUAGAGUUUGUUACAACAAACUUGCAUGUCCAAAGAAUAAGAGUUAUUGACAGAAGUGAAGAAUUCUGCUACGAUGUAAUUACAUUUGGCUCACCAUCGGCUCACUCGCUUAAGUUCCGGCAUGGGGGACUCAAGAGACUUCUAGAUGACGAUGCAUCACCGAACGAAUCGCUCAGUGCCUCAGAAAACGAAAUCGUGCUGGCAGCGACGAAAGCCCUUCGAAUUAAAAAUGUUCUCAAAGGUAUUCAACAGGAGACUAUGCAAUCACUUGAUGAAAUAGAGAGCCUAGACAACGAAGGUCUCAAGGAAAUGGCGAAUUUUCUUAGCAAUAAGGUAGCUGAUGUGCUAAAUUUGGCAUCUUCCUCUUUCGUCCAAGAGGCAGAAAAACAACUCGCAAUGGCAAGGCCAAAGUCGAAAGAUUCCAGUUCAGAAUCGCAAAAUGACUGUGGUUGGGAAUGGAACGAUGGGCAAUAUCAGAUGGUAAAAUUGGAUCAAGUUGAGCACGAAAACAAUGAUUGUGGAUUACGAGAUGAACUUGCAAAAUUUAUGUCACUAAUAAAUUUACUGACAAACUCUGCUCCUAGUGAGAAUGCUGAAAGUAGUCUGAAGACUGCUUCUGAGAGGCUGUCCUUAUCGAUCAGUUCCUUCAUAAGAAAAAUAUGCGUCAUUAUGAGGUUCAUUUUGAUGAAAAAGUUCAGCUCUUUCAGCACAUGUACCAAGGAAGUACAGUACAGAAGAGAUGUCGUCUUCGCACAAGUGCUGUCUCCUGUCAUCGCUGGGUUCACUGUAAAACUUUCAGAAAGUCUUCAGAAUCCAGUGUUUCUUCAGCAAAUUUUAAAAAUUGGACUCCUUGUCAACUUCGAAAGUUUAAUAACUGCAUACGGUGAAGAACUUGGGAUGCUGGAAGAUGCCGUAGUAGCAUAUAAAGAUUUAAAGAAAGCAAAGUUUAAGUUCAUGUGCGAUAACUCUUGGAAUUCUUUUCCUUCUUUGGAAGGAGACAGACAAGAUCUGAUCGUCAGCAUUCCACUUCAUGAAGAAAAUUUCAAAAAGCUUCCAUUGGAGCUUCAAAAUGGAUACAGAGUUCCCAUAUAUCCAGUGGUUUUUAAUGUGGGCAUCAACGAGCAUGCUACGAUAGCUGAAAGAUUUGGAGACAUGUCAGUUCAAGAUUCAAUUAACGCAGAGAAUAUGAACUAUUUGUUUACCUAUUACGAGAAGUUUUCAUCAUAUUUCCCCGAAUGGAUUGGAACAAAUUCAGAGUGUCAGACCUCUUUGGCAAUGCUUAUGGUACAUUUACAAGUUGUCGUCAAUUCUAAAAAGAGUAAAAAUGUAGACAUUUUUUGUCUCUGUGAAGAGAUUUGCCAGAGAAUGAAUGGUAUACGACUUACGACCUGCAAGAGCGCAAAAGACAGAACUGCCAUGGCAGUGACCCUUGAAGCAGCAAGGAUUCUGCAGAGGGAACACAGAUUGCCGCAAGAUUUAUUUUUGAAAACCCUAAAUACAAUGAGAUGCCAAGGAACACGGCUGGUUAAUUCUUUGAAAAACGUCGGGAUACCCAAAUAUGCUUUCAACAAAAUGCAAGUUAGAGCGUACCCAAGCCUUUACAGAGCUCCUGAGGGAACAUAUGGGAAAAAUGUACAGAACUGAGUGAAAAAACUGGAAAAUCACGUUUUUUAUCCAGCCAACUUAGAAAAGGAUAAUAACUUUAACUGAAAAAUCAUAAGAUAAUUUCCAAGAGCUAUUUUUCUUAACUUGCUUAUCUAAUUAUUCACAAUGUUAUCAACUUGAUUUUAUUAACAAUGUUUAGGAGACCUGUAGCGUGGGUGCAAGAGUUUGUUAACUUCUAGAUAUCAAGAACCAUUAAAUAACGACAGUUUUUUUUAAGUAUUAAUCUUAGAUUUUUUACACUGCUCUCUGAUAACCAUUCACGGGUCAGUUACUUGAUAGGCCAGGGAUUGAUCGAGCAUUAAAUACAACUGCAAUUCUUUUAAAACAUUUUAACCCAAAAACAAAAAAAUUACAGCGACAUCCAAAACUACUGAAAAUCAGUGGAAGGUGGGGACAGCAGAUUUCUUUCCGGAAAGGGUCCAAACAUUCUGCAGCCGAGCAUUAGCAAGAAUUCUUUAAAUAGAAAACAUAAAAGAUCACAAUUCACUUACUAAGACAGUAAUCCUAAUAGAAUUUGACGUCUAUUUACGUUUGAAAUAAAUAUAUUUUGUACAAAUCUAAAUUUCUAUCAUUUAAUUUUCUAACAUUUAUAAAUUAUUUACAGAUUAAAGCAAGUUCUGUAGAUUGAUUAAUUGGGCGUAUGAUUGUAUUAUAUUUUUGAUUUAAUCUCAGUAUUUACAUAAGAGUUACAGUUUUAGUUCAAUCUCAAAAUCUAAAUUGAA